GCGCGCUGGCCAGCGUGGCCUGCGGCGUAACUCACAGCAUGGGCGCGUAUGCCACAGCAUGGCCGUGCACUGUGCACCAGGCCGUUUGCAGCAGGGCCCAGAGCAGGGCCGUGUCUUCUACAACAUGGCCGUGUCUUCUACAUCAUGGCCGUGUCUUCUACAACAUGGCCGUCUACAGCAUGACCUUCCUCAGCAUGACCAUCUACAAUAGCCGUGUAUUCGGGGGCAUGGGGGCAGGGGAUUCUUCGACCCUCAUUUCAAGCAGGAUUCGGUUCAAAAUCCUGGCCCCGUCUCGCUGGCAGGUGCAGGUGCGCGUGGUCGCCAGCCUCUCACCGCCGGAAUCCACGGUAUCGGGGCGCGCCGUGUCCGCACCCCAUAUGCUUGGUCGGCCUGCAGGCAUGCUGGCGCUGGCUGAUCUAUGGUGGGUGCAAAUGGCAGGCCCGCUCCGAAAAAGGGCCGCAGUCCAGAAAGAGCCGCGGCUGGGGCAUACCUUCUGUCCUUUCUGUGCAUUCUGUCCAUUCCGUCCUUUCUGUCCAUUCUGUCCAUUCCCUCUCGAGGCCCUGGGCUGGUGCGCGCGUCUAUUGUUGCCCUAUUAUAUGCGCCAGCACUGCUCGGCUCAUCGUCGCGCACCAAAGAAACAGGCCACCAAUUCCAAACGACUGGUGGUUCGUGGCCCCACACUUCUGGGGAGCGAGAAAAUGGCAUUCCGAAAGUAUCAGCAUAUCCCAGGUGGGUUCCGAAAACAGCCACCGGCUCUGCGAACAAAAAUACAUCUUGUGCUCAAUACAUCGAGCGUCAUACCAGCCAUCCGUACAUCCACACUUGUCUGUUCUAGUAAUAUAAGACCAAAGCUCUCUCCGAACCCAGCGAGAUAGCUACCCAUCACCAGGUUCUCCAACCCUACGUGGUAUCAUUGGUGAGCAUUUCUUUAAAUAUCCUCCGUGUGUACUUGAAUCACAUUUUCUACAUAAUGCCAUUUGUGUCAAUGGCUUCAAUUAUGUCUUUUAGUCUAUUAUUGGACUUAGGUACAUCCUUAGUCCUGUAUUCCCAGCAAAGCCGGGGAUAUCUAAUAUCGAUUUAGACUUAUUUGAUCGAUAUAUGGACAUUCUAACAUUCAAAUAACAGGGAGUUUUGUAUCCACUCGUCAGAAAAACUCUCGCACUUUGAGAUUACUUGAAAUAAAGUAUAAAAAAAAUAUAAAAUUACGUUUAAUCAAUGGAAG